AUGCUGCGCACAGGCGCUGCCACCGCUAGCUCAGCGGUAGUCUCCAGCCGCGACGUGCGGCAGCGCAGUCAAGGUCUGCCGCGACGGCAAGUUGACAUGCAUGUUCGUGAAAAAAUGAAGUGGCCAAUCGCCGUCCUCUCCAGUGUUGAAGCCCUGGCGCUUCUUGUGCAGGGCAGCUUUCAACGGUGGUGCAAUGUGGGAAGCGAUAGCACAAGGCAUGGAAUACGGCGAUUCCGAUUGAGCACUAGCUCUCUGCACAGAAGCCAUCUGCGCUGCAGUAAAGCAUGUCUGUCGACAGGCAUCAAAGGUAAAACACCAAACACAGACCUCCAAGGUGUCAGCGGCAGCGCCACUGAUCUGAGGCUCUCGGUGGAGGAGGAGCUCCACCACCCUCGGGAGAACGUUGGUGCCUUCGCCGAUUCCUCCUCUUUUCGUGAUGGAGAGCACCCCAGCGAAGGUGUCGCAACGGGCGCGGCCCCGCUGGCGUCAUCCUCCCCUGUGCCGAACGAGGCAGUCGCUUCGAUCAUCGCAGAGGUGAAAAGCAAUGCAGCAAUCUUUGAUGUCAAUGGCGACGGCAGCGGCGCUGACACUGCACCUGAGUGGACCGAGCCGACAUUGGCAGACCUCGACCGCUCAAUUCCUCAAGUGGACUGCGAGUUCAUGGCAAGCCUCAUCCGAAGUCGCAACCUUCGCCGUGGCGUGUUCCUCACCAAGAAGGAGGUCGUUAAGCAGCGCGUCGAGGAGCUCACGAAAAAGACGACACGGACUGUGAACGAAACCGUCAGGCUACCUUUUGUCGGCGGUCUCGGCCUCGGUUGGUUCAGUAAGCCGAAGGGCGGCGAUGUGGUGAAGGGUGAGGAAAGUGGGUUGGUGGCCACGAGCACCGAGGCACCGGUUCUUGCAUCGGCUGCCGUGCUGAAGAAGCUGAGCGUGGAAGAGAAGGACUUGCUGCAUUCAACUCGUCCCGAGUACGAUGACGGCUUCGUUCUUCUUGACUGCCGCACUGUGAACGAGGUGACUUCGUGGGGCAUUAUAGAAGGUGCUAAGGUGCUGCCAGCCCACGAACUCUUCGAAGCCUUUCACGCGACGCCAGAGGAAUUCAUGGAGGACUACGGCUUUGCCAAGCCGCGGCCAGAUGAUAUCAUAAUUUGCUACUGCCAGUAUGGUCCGCGCUCGCUGAUGGCGGCGCAGAUUCUGAGCUGGAUGGGCUACCUAAAGGUUAUGCACUUCAGAGACGGUUACUACGAAUGGGGUAAACAGUACAACCUCCUCCUGCGGAGAUGGAUGGAGCACGACAAGGAGAGCGGCAACGAGCUUCGCCGCCUCGCUACCUUUCGCGCCGGCCUUGAGCUGCAGCGUGAGAUCGCCCCCGAGUUCAACGCGCUCCCGAUGCAGGAGGCCCGGCAGUACCUGCGGGACACUACACGAAGCCCUGGUACGUUGAUAGUGGGCGAGGGUCUUCGACUGGAAGCGUAUAAGCUGGUGGCAAAGCUGACAGAAGGGCUGGCGCCGCCAUCGCUACCUGGCGUUCUUGACGAUGACAGUAGCAUUGCCCUAACUGGUAGCAGGUGUACCGCGGAGAGCAAGACCACCCAAACGCGUCGUCUCGGAGAACAGCAACUGACGCGUUUUCUCGAGCAGACAACCGGCCUGGACCCGAAGAAGGAGCUCAGUCGGUCAGCCCUUUCUAUGAACAUGGGCGAAGCACAGGCAAUGGUGCUGGACUCCUUGGCGUAUGGACACGAUCUGGGUGCCUCCCCGGACGCCAAGACAUCGCCCAUGUCGCCACCGCCGCGACGGAACUAG